AUGGCUGGCACGGCGCUGGUUAUCCCCACCCAUCUCACCUCCAUCCUCAACGGCUUCCUCUUCCUGGAGCUGCACCUCAUCGCCUUCGAGGCCAGUAUCUCCGCCGCGACCCCUGCCGUACUCCCACUGACCGUCCCCCAGAUCAAGAACCAGACAGUCGGCCUGGAGGAGGACCGCGCUGGGAAGCCCGACCGCCCCAUAGUCUCCGGGCGCAUCACCCCCGACGCGGCGCACGUCCUCUACCUCGCCUUCAUCGCCGCGUCGCUCGCGUUCUCCGCCGCGCACGGCGUGCUCGCGCCGAGCCUCAUCCACCUCGUCGCGAUCUACGCGUACAAUGAGUGCGGGCUCUCUACGGUGUGGUACCUCAAGUCCCUCAUCUGCGCCAUCGGGUACGCGACGUACUUCUGGGGCAUCGGCGUCCUGUUCGGCGGCGACGCGCCGCUGGACUACAGCGCGGCGCUCGCUAUUCUAGUCGAGGCAGCGAUCUUCACGACCACCGGCCACGCGCAGGACUUCCGCGACCGGGACGGCGACGCGGCGGUCGGGCGCACGACGGUCGCGAUGAUGUUCGCGGGCCUGGGCGGGCGAGUCGCCCUCGCGUCGAUGAUAUUCGCGUGGACGGCGACGCUCGUGGGUUUGUGGGCUCCGCCCGCGCUCUACACGCUCCUCUUCCUCGGCCUUGCGGCGACGACGAGCGUCAAAUUCCUGCGCGACCACUCCCAGGAGGCCGAUAAGGACUCGUACUGGUGGUACAACGUGCGUCUCGGCUUGUUCUUUAUUCCUGCAUAA